AUGACCGAAGGAGAAUCUGGGAAUAAUUGCCGGGUCGUAGCGAUACCAUGCCCAUUUGUAAAACGAAAAGUGGAAUGUGCGGGUGGUGCAUUUUUACGAUAUUAUAACAUAAAAUGUCACGGCGAAGAUACCCUGCUGCUCACAUCAAACUCUAAGGACAAAGCUGAAGAAGUAGUAUUUGAAGAUGAUGUAGACUACCUCCGAAGCUUAGAUCCUAAAGAAUGGAAGAAACAGGAUCAUUACGCAGUUUUAGGCAUAAAAAAAUUGCGUUACGAAGCCACUGACGAUGACAUCAAACGUGCUUAUAGGCAGAAAGUUUUAAAACACCACCCAGACAAACGUAAAGCACUAGGUGAGGAGGUCAGAAGCGAUGACGACUACUUCACAUGUAUAACAAAGGCUUACGAAAUUCUUGGUACACCAAAAACUAGGAGAUCCUAUGACUCUGUUGAUCCAGAAUUCGACGAUGCAAUACCAACAUCGAGUGAAAUUAAAAAGGACGGAUUUUUCAAGUCAUUUGCCAAAUAUUUUGAAAUAAAUGCUAGGUGGUCAGAGAAAAAGAAUGUGCCUUUGUUAGGUGAUGAAAAAAGCCCUCGAGAAUUUGUAGAAAAAUUUUACUCAUUUUGGUAUGAAUUUGAUUCAUGGCGUGAGUUUUCAUAUUUAGAUGAAGAAGAAAAAGAAAAAGGAUCUGAUCGAGAGGAGCGCAGAUGGAUAGAAAAGCAGAACAAAGUUGCUAGAGCAAAACUGAAGAAAGAAGAAAUGGCUAGGAUACGUAGUCUUGUUGACUUAGCAUAUGCCAACGAUCCCAGGAUACAACGCUUCAAACAAGAAGAUAAAGAUAAAAAGUUGGCAGCCAAAAGGGCAAGACAGGAUGCUGUGCAGGCUAAAAAAGCUGAAGAAGAAAGAAUUAUAAAGGAAGCCCAGCUCGCCAAACAAAAAGCAGACGAAGCUGAAAGAGCAAGAAUAGAAGCAGCAAGGGCUGAAAGGGAACUGCAAAAGAAGAACCUUCGUAAAGAACGGAAGUCAUUCCGAGAUAUUUGCAAAGCGAAUAAUUACUAUGCAAGGAAUGAUGACGAAACAGUAUCACAUAUGGCAGCCGUAGAAAAAAUAUGUGAAAUGCUCAAAGCUGUUGAGUUACAGGACUUAAUUAAAGAUUUAGAAAGCAAAGGACGUGAAGCAUUUGUUAAAGCUCUCACUGAAUCUGAUGAAAAAUUAGAAGCGGAGCGUCGGGCUUUAUUUGAAAAUAAAAAAGUAGAAGAGCAUAAAGCUAAAAAGAGUGCAGCAUUAAAGGCGCCUAUAGAAUGGUCGGCAGAAAUGACUCGGUUACUCAUUAAAGCAGUCAAUUUAUUUCCAGCGGGAACAAAUCAAAGAUGGGAUGUUGUAGCUAAUUUUCUAAAUCAACAUGGAACUUUUACAGAUGACAGACGUUUUAAUGCCAAGGAGGUUUUGAAUAAGGCUAAAGACUUACAAAGUUCCGAUUUCUCCAAGAGUAGUCUCAAGAAAGCAGCAAAUGAGGAGGCUUUUGAUCAAUUUGAAAAAGACAAAAAGAAGGUUGUUAACGUUGUUGAUGACAAUAGUAUAUCUAAAAAUGAUGCUCCAAAACUAGUGAAUGGUACGACCAAACCCAAAGUCAACGGAGAUGUGAAAGAUAAAGAAGUUAAAGAAGACAAGCCGUGGACUAAAACUGAGCAAGAGUUACUAGAACAAGCAAUCAAGACAUUUCCAGUGAGUACACCGGAGCGAUGGGACAAAAUAGCUGACUGUAUACCAAACAGAUCAAAAAAAGACUGCAUGAAGAGGUACAAGGAGCUUGUAGAGUUGGUUAAAGCUAAAAAGCAAGCGGCAAACACAGAACACAAAAAAUUGCCUCCUCUGUUCGGACUCGACGACUAUGGGAGCUGCAUGGAAAACUCCGGCGUCUACUGCAUGGUCGCCUUCGACCUGUAUGGGGAACCCAAUAAUGAAAUCUAUACUCUUAUACAAGAAUAUUCAAAGCACACUCUCAAACAUUUCAACUAUACGAGGCUGGACAGGGGUAUAUGUGUGCAGGAAACAUGUCAGGACUAUAUAAAAAACAAUGGCCUCGAUAUAGAUCAAAACGUAGAAUUGAUCAUUGAGGGAUGUUUUAAUGAAACGUUACAACAAAAAUAUGAUUUGGGCUCAAAAUUACAAUUUGUAAGUUGUGAAAGACAAAAAGACAAAAGAACAGAAAUUCAACUUGAUAGUACAGAUAUUAUAAUGCUUUUGGUAAUAGGAGGCAUUUGUGCAAUAGUUGCAUGGGGCAGCUAUUUCGACUUUUGUCAGGCACGAAAAACAGACAAGAUAUUGGAAAAAGAUCGCCACCCACUUCUAUGCUUUUCACUUUUUCGAAAUUUCGAAAAACUGUUGCAAGAAGAUAAAGGUGAUGAGAGACUAACAGAAUUGAAAGGACUUCACGGAAUACGUGCAUUUAACUCAGGUCUGGUAGUGUUCGCCCAUUGUGUAUUCUUGUUUGGAAAAUAUAUCCGCGACCCUCUCGCUUUAGAAAAGUUCUUCGAGUAUCAAUUCUUCUUAAUCCUCGUUGGCUACUCGAGCAUUGUGCAAUUCUUCUUCUUCCUCUCUGGCUUCCUCAUGACGUACAUCUUACAAAUACGAGAAGAAAAACACAAAAUGUCCUUUAGAGAUGUACCCCCAUCUAUAUUUUUCAGAUGGUGGAGAAUGACUCCGUCAUUUGCAGUUGUAAUAGGAAUUAUGGCCACUUUGUUCCGGCACGUCGGAUCCGGACCUAUAUGGAAGUCUUACAUAAUUGAAGGAGUUACGUCGCAAUGCCGAGAAUAUUAUUGGGCUCAUAUCUUUUAUAUCAAUAACUUUAUGAUUAAUGACAUUUUAUGCUCUUUAGAGUCUUGGCAUAUUGCCUCAGAUAUGCAGUUGUCAGUCCUUGGUAUUAUCGUCUACUUCUGUAUUCGUCGACGAAGCUUGAGGUUCAAGAUUGGAACUUUGUCCUUUCUGUUGCUGCUUGGCAUACUCAGUCCUAUCGUCCAUGUAUAUUUCCAAGAUUUGAAUGGACUUGUUGUAGGCAAGCCCGAACUAUUCAGAUCAUUAUACGAUGAUACCUUCCGGAAAUACCACGUGUUCUUUCACAACAAUAUAACUUGCUUCGUUAUGGGAAUGGCGAUUGGAUAUUUUGUCUACUACUUAAAACAGAAUAAAAUAGAACGUCUUGAUUUUAAGAUCGGUACUCUAAUGUGUUGGCUUAUCAUGCCAUCGAUAUAUGCUUUCUACUAUUUCUCAAGCUCCGUCUACGAUGAUAUUGAAAGAAAAUCCCUCACAUGGCGCCUUCUGUACGCAUCUUUACAUCGAAUCGUUAUCGGGGUAAUUGCAAUCGUUUGGGUUCUUGGACUCACGAUGAAAUUUCAUGGAAACUCCCUAUCUAUAUGGGAAUGGCGAGGAUGGCUGAUACCAAGCAAGCUCUCGUUCUGCGUCUAUCUGAUACAUGAUAAUAUAUUGCACUAUAUGAUGGGCACGAGGUCCCAGCUAUAUACGGCAUCCUUCUCAGAACUGUUCUACGUCUACCUAUUAGUUAUGUUCUGGGCCCAUAUGCUAGCGCUGGUGUUGUAUCUCUUCGUGGAGGCCCCUUGCAAUGAAUUACUUAAGAUAUUCAUGGGCUCCAAUAAGAAAAAGAAAGAAGCU